ACGAGGAUGAUGCGUUGGGUGGAGGAGAAGAUAUUCUUGAUGUGCUCUUGAGACUUGAGCAGUCCAAGGAGGUCGGGUUUCAUCCGACUGUCGAUGAUAUUAAAGGUCUCAUUCUGGAAUUAUUUGGGGCUGGGAGCUACAGUUCAUCGGCAACCGUGGAGUGGACGAUGUCAGAACUAAUCCGAAACCCGGAAGUGAUGGCCAAGGCACAGGCCGAGGUGAGACAAGCCCUAAAAGGAAAGCAUCAUGUAGAAGAAUCGGACCUCAAUGAGCUCAAGUACUUGAAAUCGAUCAUCAAAGAAACCCUGAGGCUCCACCCUCCGGCCCCUUUGAUUCCUAGGGAAGCGAUUGAAGAAGCCGAAAUCGAUGGGUACAGAGUACCUGUGAAUUCCCGGAUCAUCGUCAAUGCGCUGACGCUAGGAAGAGACCCCGAUUACUGGACCGACUCAGAGAAGUACGAGCCGGAGAGGUUCCUCGAGUCCUUGGUGGACUUCAAAGGGACGGACUUCCAAUUUCUUCCUUUUGGGUCCGGUAGGAGGUCGUGCCCUGGCACUGCAUUCGCCUAUGCGAACAUAGAGCUCCUGUUGGCGUCGUUUUUGUACCAUUUUGACUGGAAGCUGCCCAAUGGGAAGGCCCCAGAGGAGCUCGACAUGACGGAGACUUUCGGGAUGGUGGUCAAGAGAAAGAACGACUUGAAUGUGAUUGCCAUUCCAUAUACUCCCGAGCUUGCGGCUUGAAAAGAGUAUGUGUGUUGUGAUGGAAGAACGCAGUGUGAAGUUAUGCUAG